AUGCCACCCCGGAUAAAUUGCGUUCAGCGCCUGCCCUCUAUACAAUUAUGCCUUCGUCCAGCCAUCACACCCGCGGUGACGCCAUCACGGACACAGACAGCGAGUUUGACGACCGAGGAGAAGAGACGCAUCAGGAAGCAGGAGCCCCAUAGGUGGGCACAGAUGCAGGAGCGCAAGCAAGCACACAACGAGAUCAAGGAGAAGAUCGCCGCCGCUCGGAGAGCUACCUGGGGCGACCCCGUCCGCGGCGUCACGACCCCUUUCAUCGAGUCGCUACCUAGUGCUGGACAAGCCACGACCUCGGCGCCCACAACAGAUGGCCAAGGCAAUGUGGUUGGACAAGCACAAAGCCUGCCUACCAGCCCGCAUAUCCUCAACAACAUGCUCUACAAAUCCGAGGUCGAGACGGCAAUACAGAACGCCUACGCUCUUUCGAAGCCCGUCGAUUCAAUCCUCGGCGCGUCUCUAGACCCGGCCAAGGUUGACCAGGACCACAAGAACCACGAGGAGAACCAUGAACGCGCCGCGGAGGCGGUGCGCCGCAUCACUAGUCUCGAGCACGCGAGCGCCAAGGAUAGACGGCACGCGAAUAUCCGCCGCUGUAUCGAGACAUUCGGGCGCCACAACACAGAUCUGACACUGAGGCCAAAGGCUCUCUCAAGGGGCCAGCCCGACGAGGAGAAGCCGAUCAGGGGCGGCUUGGAUACCGGCAGCAGUGAGGUUCAGAUCGCCAUCUUGACGACAAAGAUCCAGGCCCUCGCUACCGAGUUGGAGCAAAACCGUGGAUACAAGGACAAGAUGAACAAGCGGAAUCUGCGACUGCUAGCCCACAGACGCCAGAGACUCCUUCGGUAUAUGGAGAAGAAGGAGCGGGGUAGCGACCGGUGGCAUCACAUGCUCAAGACUCUCGGUCUGACGCCAGCAUCUUGGAAGGAGCAAAUCACUCUGUGA